CGCAAAAGUAAGUUACCGAUCGCGGCUAAUUAACGUCUUCGCUUACUCACUCUCCUCGUUCUUCUCUCCCCAGAUCCAAAUCCUCUCCGUCCCUCAAAACCCUAGCCCUUAACUCAGAUCUGGAGCUUGCGAAAACAUGGAGAUCUUUCUGUCGACUCGAGGAUUUUCCCUCCUCCAUGAGAAAUUUUGAAUCGAAGACAGAGUUCUUGAGAGAAUGGCUCUCCACCGGAGACGCGAUGGUGGGAAGAGACCGAUUCGAUUCUGGAGGCGGAGGUUCGCUUUGACGAUUUUCUCGCUCUCUCUCUUGUCUCUCAUUUACGUCUCAUUUUUCGGCGUAAAUUUCCCCUUUCGAGGUUUACACCAUGCGCAGGUCAAUCAAGGAACAACGACUAUAGAGAUUGUGAAAAGAAAAUGGAGAUAUGCUCAUGACCAUUUAGCUACCAACAUAUAUAACUAUGGCAAAGUUAAAGAUUCCCAUUUUGUAGUUGAUGAAGGCUUCCAUAGUUCUACAACUUUUCCUAAGUUGAACUUGCAUUACAACAAUGAACGAAAAGCUUCCCAUAGAAGGACUGAUGGUGACACUCCCACCAUGAUGAGUUUGAAUAAAAAUAAAUGGAAAUCUGAUCUCGCUAAGCCUUCAAAAUCCAAGUCUCGAAAGCGUCAUCUUCCAUGCGAAGUUGACUUUAAGGAGACAAUUGAUGAUCUGGUGGAGCCUGAAAGCUACAUGAACUAUACAAAAUUUUCACUGAGUUAUGUCACUAAAGAGGAGAAAUCUGAUGAAAAUUUUUUGUUUGAACCCCGGUUUGGUGGACAUCAGACCCUUGAAGAAAGAGAAGCUUCAUAUUUUGCUAGAAAUCAGACACUUCAUUGUGGCUUUGUUAAAGGACCAGAUGGGUAUCCUAGCUCUGGAUUUGAUUUGAAUGAAAGGGACAGGGCAUAUAUGGCUACUUGCAGAGUGGUGGUAUCAUCUUGCAUUUUUGGGAGCUCCGACUUUUUGAGGAGACCAACAAGCAAGAUGAUUGGAACAUUUUCAAAGAGCAAUGUUUGCUUCGUGAUGUUCUUGGAUGAGCUAACAAUGAAAAAACUUUCUUCAGAAGGACAAGUUCCUGAUGACCAGGGAAAUAUUGGUUUGUGGAGAAUCGUUUUAGUGAAGAACUUGCCAUACAUAGAUAUGCGAAGGACUGGAAAAGUUCCAAAAUUUUUGUCCCACCGGCUAUUCCCUUCUGCUAGGUAUUCCAUUUGGCUUGAUAGCAAACUGAGACUGCAAACUGACCCUAUGGUGAUCCUUGAAUAUUUUUUAUGGAGGAAGAGGUCGGAGUAUGCUAUCUCCAACCAUUAUGAUCGUCACUGUGUCUGGGAGGAAGUUCUCCAAAACAAGCGCUUGAAUAAAUACAGUCACAUAGCUAUUGAUGAACAAUUUCAGUUCUAUCAGUCUGAUGGUCUGAUCAAGUUUAAUGAGUCUGAUGAGGAUGCUCCUCUUCCAAGCUAUGUACCUGAAGGCUCCUUUAUUGUGCGUGCUCACACCCCCAUGUCAAACUUGUUUUCAUGUCUUUGGUUCAAUGAGGUGGACCGGUUCACUUCACGUGAUCAAUUGAGCUUUGCAUACACUUUCUUGAAGUUAAGAAGAAUGAAUCCCGGAAAACAGUUUGCGCUGAAUAUGUUUAAGGAUUGUGAACGGAGAGCAAUAGCUAAGUUGUUCCAUCACAGAGUCGAAACUUCACCUUCGCCUCCAGCUUUCUAAUAGUCAUUGGUUUUUUUCAGCAUGUCAAGCUCAGGUUACUGCUCGAGUAUGACUCUAUUAGUACUGCUAAGCCUAUGUAAGUAUUGGAUUCCUUCAGUGCGAAGACAAAUACGUGAAAGUUCAACAUCCAUGUGGGAUAGUGCCUUUGCAUUACUCCUCUUGGAUUUAAGCUGUAUAUCUUAAUUUUCAUGUAAUAUUUGUGUCCUCGCUGAAGCAGGCAUAUGGUUUCCCUCUUCUCGUGAUGAAAUCCAACUUGUAUAUCAGCGAGUAUCUUCCCAUUCUUUUGGAAUAGAUUCUUUAUUCUCAUUCUUCUGGUAUCUAUGCUUGAAUUACACAAUAAAGACUUUUCAAUUCUGUACUGCAGCAUGUUAUUGUGUGUAUAUAAUGGGAAGACAAGUAUCAUACGUGCUGUAUAAUUCACGGUGUUGCAUAACUUGUUGAAGUAUAUAUAUUAUAUUCUUUUGGAGGUUCUUCGUUG